UCAAAUGUCUUGAUUCAUGAGGCGGUGCAGUUGGGAUUAUUGUUGCAGUUGUACAGUAGCAGAUUUUUGUUGUUUACUGCUGAAACAUUGCCCGCGGCUGCGCUAUCUGACCCUGGUCAGCACUGCGGGAGCCUGCAAGCAGGCGGACAGUGUAACUGCCGCUUUAAGCAGAAAUUUUGUCCUUUCUGAGCUGUCAUUCUUUAGCUUUACCGACGUAAAUUCCAGGCCUUUGGUGGUUUCCAUGGUUUCUGGCAUCACGUGUAGCUGGGAGUCGCUGACUCCCUGUGCAUCGCAGCAUAGGAAUGAGCAUUAAAAUCCCGGCUGGGUUGACGGACUUGCUGCAGAGCUUCACAGUGGAGGUGCUGAGGAAGCAGCCGGCCGAUCUGGUUGAGUUCGCCGUGCAGUACUUCAGCAAGCUGCAGGCGAGCCAGGAGCUGCCGUUCGCCCAUGAGAAGAGCGGCGGCGGCGAUGGCGCUUUCCGAGCCGCUAAGGCGGUGAACUUCGCCGAUGAGCCGAUGCAGACCGACUCCGAGGAUGACGAGGACGAGGAGUUUGAAGCUCCAGUGAUAAACCGAUUUACCCGACGAGUAUCUGUAUGUGCAGAAGCUUUCAACCCUGAUGAGGAAGAAGAGGAAACAGAACCUCGGGUUGUUCAUCCCAAAACAGAUGAACAAAGGAGAAGAUUGCAAGAUGCAUGUAAAGACAUUCUUCUUUUUAAGAAUUUAGAUCAGGAACAAAUGUUUCAGCUGUUGGAUGCCAUGUUUGAAAUGCAUGUCAAAGUCGGUGAACAUGUUAUUGAUCAAGGGGAUGAUGGUGAUAACUUCUAUGUUAUCGAAAGGGGAACAUACAAUAUAUUUGUCAAUGUGGAUGGAUCGCAAAGAUGUGUGGGUGCCUAUGAUAAUCAUGGUAGCUUUGGUGAGCUGGCAUUGAUGUAUAAUACUCCCAGAGCAGCUACAAUUGUUGCUACCUCUGAUGGAGCACUGUGGGGUCUGGACAGGACAACUUUUCGUAGAAUUAUUGUCAAAAACAAUGCCAGAAAGAGGAAAUUGUAUGAAGAAUUUGUCAAGUCACUGCCACUUCUAAAAUCAUUAGAACUAGGGGAACGAAUGAAGGUUGUUGAUGUUUUUGGAACCAAAACGUACCAGGAUGAAGAGCGAAUAAUUGCUCAGGGAGACAAAGCUGAUUGUUUUUAUAUUGUAGAAUCUGGAGAAGUUCGGAUAACUAUGAAACACAAGACCAAACCUCAUGCAGAUGAUGGAGUGGAAAUAGCUCGCUGUUCAAGAGGGCAAUACUUUGGAGAACUCGCUUUGGUAGCAAAUCAGCCACGUGCAGCAUCUGCAUAUGCUGUAGGAAAUGUGAAAUGCCUCGUUAUGGAUGUACAAGCUUUUGAGCGACUGCUUGGUCCUUGUAUGGAUAUUAUGAAGAGAAACAUUGCAAAUUAUGAGGAGCAACUAGUGGAACUGUUUGGGACGAAUAUGGAUCUCACUGAUCCUGGUGUAUGAACAAGAAAAUUGAAGGACACCAUCAUGAUGCAUCACUGUGGAAAACGUGGAUUCCCACUGAAAAGUGCAUUGAAUUGUAUAGAAGGGAUGCAUUUUUUUGUAGCUAUUCUGUUUACUUAUUUUUUUAACCAAAAACAGAAUUAUUACCACUGCAGUCUAGUGAUAGUCUAAAAUGUAGCUUUUACUUACCAAUUUUCUGAAAUAUGCAGAUUAAUAAAUAAUAUUUGACUAAAAAUUUUAAAUUUAAUCAAUAUCUGAAAUUGUUAAAUAAUAGCUCAAUAAAGGAUCUGCUGUGACCAAGAAAGGAUAGGAAUAUUUGACUUUGAUCCUGCAUAGAGUGCAUUUUAAUUUAAAUAUUUAAGUUACUUAAUAAACUUUAUUUGACAGCUCGAAACCUAGUUACAUUGAGAAAUCCCAUUAAUUAUACAGGAAAUGCAUAGCAGAUUUAAGUGAGUUUCACAGACGGAUAAUGAAUUCUGCAUUUUCUUUCAUCCUGUAAGUUUAAAUUCCAUGCCAAAGGAUUUGACUAUUUUGUGAACAAGAUUUAUUUUUUUUUAUUUGAAUUCUGUCAUGGACCAUAAUAGAAUGAAAAUUCAAAAAUGGAAACUAUUGAAACAUGUUUCACCAAAGAAAUGUGUGUAUAAUAAGGUAUAAUUAUAAAAGUAUUUAUUUUGAAAAAUAAUUUUAUAGAGAAAUCUGUUAACUAAUUUGUUUUCUCCCCUGUUGUGUGAAGUCUCUCAUUCAGUUCUUGUUGAAAUAGUAGCUAAAUAGAACCAUGUAAUGUGAUUUAAAUCUGACUUGCGUGUUAAAGCUGCAUUGAGGUUGGAGGGAUUAAUUCAAUAAUUUAAUCCUUUCUGCUGUCAUACAUGCAAAUAAUUACCAUUACAGUUGAUCCAGUGACUGGAUUCAGAACUGUUACCCUGUUUGAUCUUUGGCUUUGAGUUUAAUGCCAGCAUUUGCUAAUGUAGAGGGAAAGGAUUUUAUUGAUUCUGAAAUCUUUCACCAUCAUACUAUGCACCUUUUCAUUUUAAUCCAAAAUAGAAACCAACAUUUAUAUAACUCAUCACAAUACAAGUAAUGUUUUAAAGUGGAUGUCUCAAGAACAUCUAUGUGGCUCUUGCCUUUUAUCACUGGAUAUAUUAACUGCUAUCUAGCCACAUACCGAGAAUGUUUUGUUAAAUGUAGCACUGACCACAAAAUCUCACAUUUUAAAUGGAGAUAUUUACUAAAGACUAUUUACUGGGGCUAGUUAUUUGAUUAAGCUACAUGUAACAGUGUUGUACUGUGCUGGAUUAUAGUCUGAUUAUUAAAAAUCCUUUUGCAAUCUAGCAAUGUUGAGUACAGCUAGGCAUUUUUAGAAGAUACUUACGCAUCUAAUAAAAUAUGGUCUUAUUUAAGAAAUACUUGCAAAUUUCUGCUGCAUGGUAGUGGAUCAAAAUUAAAGUAUUCAUUGUCGGCUUUAACAUUCUAAAGCUAUUAUAACCCUCUUUUUGAUUCUUAAGUUUUAAAUUGGUUUCAUUGUCCAUACUGUCUCUUAUGAAUGAUACGGACUUCAGUGAGAUAAUUGUGUCGCUGCAAAAACAAACAGUUCCCCAUUGAGAGUUAUUACAAAAGAAGUGAAUCUCUGUGAACUUUAAAAUCCUGUUGUGUUCAUAUGCAGCUUUAGUUCAGGAUUGCCAAUUUAUGCAGAUCCAACCUCAUUGGUCACCUGUUCAGGGAUUGAGACCCAAAAUUUGCUUGGUGAGGGUAUCUGAUCUGAUGGCAGGGGGUAAUAGUUUUGGGCCCAGGGGUGUAUGCCAGAUCCUGUGGUGAGAUGCUUCCAUGGGAUGGGGGAGGCAGAGGCAUCAAGGUCUUGGGAAGAGGUGUAGGUGAAAUUGUGUGUAGUAAUUUGGAGGGGUCAGUGAACAAUUAUUCAAGAGUCAGAUUAGAUUUUUUUAAUAGUUUAACUUCUGGCCUGAGUGACAAAUUGCUUACUUCUGAAUUCUCUGAUCUUAAAUGGAUACUUUUGAAAGAUUCAAGGUGUAGGGGAAUUGCUCCUUGGAAUCAGUUUUUUUUUUGGGCUAAUCUCUUACAAUGUGCUAUGUUGGAGAUUUUGCAGAAUUCCCCUGUACAACUUCAAUCCACAUUGCAGAAACAAUUAUCUGGCUCUUAGAAAAUCAGGACCCAGAAUAUUUUUUCUUUUAUUCAUUCAUGGGGUGUGGACAUCGCUGGCGACACCAGCAUUUAUUUCGUAUCCCUUUAUUGCCCAGAGGGUAGACAAGAAUCCAACAAUGUUGCUGUGGGUCUUUAGUUAUACGGAGGUAGAACUAGGUAAGAAUGGCAGAUUUCGAUAAUCAACAGUGAUUACCUGAUAGCCUUCACGACAGCUUCUUAUUACAGAUUUUUUUUUAAUUCAAGUUUCAGAACAUGAGCUUGGGUCUAUCAAAAUUCAGUAGUUAUGCCACUGCCUCCCCAUUUGUGGGAUGCUGUUGAAGACAAAAUGACUGUUACUUGGCUGCAAAUUGUGAUAAAUAUAAGUGUUUACAAGUAUUUUUGAGUUUGAGACUCUGUAUACACACAAUCAAUUGUUCCUGCAGGCAUUGCAGGCUCAAGUAUCUUGAAUGUUCGUGCUCAUUAGCUACAAACUAGAAUUUGGAAUGUUUCAACUCCACAAUCUCUAGCAUAUUAAGUUAACCUUUGAAAACAGUGUUAACCAUUUAUUCUUUGCCCUCCCACCAAAUCUUGAAUAAAGUAGUACAUUUGAU